GGAAACGGGGUGCCAACGACCGGAGAAAGUAAAAACACAGCAACUAAAACGCACGCCUUCUUCGCUCGGUCCACGCAGCCCAGUUCCUCGGUAGCCACACCCGCUAUCGUUCAGUCUGGAGCGAGAAAACUAACCGUUCCCCUCUCUUCGCGUUGGAUAAACCGCGACUUCCGGCCCGCCCCCGGGACCGGAAGUGCCAGGAGCUUCCCCCACUUCGAUCGCCUCGGACACUGGACUCACGCAGGGCAACCUGGUUCCCUAUUCCGGGACGGAAUUAAACAGUCACCAUGUCGAGCAAAAAGGCAAAGACGAAGACCACCAAGAAGCGCCCUCAGCGCGCAACAUCCAACGUGUUUGCCAUGUUUGACCAGUCACAGAUUCAGGAGUUCAAAGAGGCCUUCAACAUGAUCGAUCAGAACAGAGAUGGUUUUAUCGACAAGGAAGAUUUGCACGAUAUGCUUGCUUCUCUGGGAAAGAAUCCAACGGAUGCAUACCUUGAAGCCAUGAUGAAUGAGGCUCCAGGGCCCAUAAAUUUCACCAUGUUCCUCACUAUGUUUGGUGAGAAGUUAAAUGGCACAGACCCAGAGGAUGUCAUCCGAAAUGCUUUUGCUUGCUUUGAUGAAGAAGCAACAGGCACCAUCCAGGAGGAUUACCUUAGAGAGCUGCUGACAACCAUGGGGGAUCGGUUUACAGACGAGGAAGUGGACGAGCUGUACAGAGAAGCGCCCAUCGACAAAAAGGGGAACUUCAACUACAUUGAGUUCACACGCAUCCUUAAACACGGAGCAAAGGACAAGGAUGACUGAAAGAACUUCAGCUAAAACCUUCCAAUUACUUUGUCUUACUCUAUUUUAUUUCUAAGACACUUUCCCCCACCUUCAUAGCACCUUUUGCCUUUUGCAUGCAUUUAGCUUCACAGCUUUGUCUUUUUUUUUUUUUUUUUUUUGUCUUUUGAGGUAUUUAUUCCAGACCUUUCUGCCACUUAGCACUUGUAUAAUCAGACUGGAAAUGGGGAUUGAGGUUGUAAGUUGUGUUGAAAAAGAGAUCGCGAAUAAAAAUCAACAAAUGUGAAAGCCCAGGAAAAUAUAUCCAUACUUCUGGUUUUGCUGGAUUUUUACAUUUUUAUAUAAUAAAAAUGCUAUUUUGAAAUAAAGAUUAUGCUGACUCAAAUGGAAUAUAAUGGCAAGUUAAACCAGUGGAUGGUAGUUGGUGGUAGUUCUUCUAGGUUUUCAACUUCAUAUUAUUCAGAUUUCGUGGUAAAAUUGAUUUUUCACAUAUAUGGAACCGUGUUCUUCAGAACUUUUAAGUACAAUUUAACAUCAUUAUACAAUAAAAACUAGUUAUGUCUUCAUUUUUUCCCACACUGCUAGUAAGUCAGAUGUUUGAACUACUGAAUGAUAAAUAUAGAACAUAUUGGAGAAAACAUUAAACAUUUUAUGAUAUAAGAUUGUAAGGAGAGGAGGCAAAAUCUGAAGGAAAAAGUAAACUGUUGAAACUUA